AUGUCCUUAGUAAAUAUCAUUGGUAAUUUAUUUGGAUCAACCCCAAAUCAACCUAAAGCUUAUGCUCAAUAUGGUUUAGAUGAAUUGAAUUCCAUGACUUUCUUCGAAAGAGCCAAACUUCAAGAUUGGAGAUUAGAAUUGGUCACUUUAGGUUUCACUGGUGUUUUCGUUAUCUUAUUCUUUAUUGGUGAUUUCUAUAACAAAAGUUUAGUUACAGGUUUCUUGAAUGGAAUCAAUGAUACUUUGAAACAGAACUUUUAUCAAGUAGGUGUUUCUAAAGAUGAAUUAUACAUCAAGGAUUCAAGUGAAAAUUAUUCAUCUUAUGCCACUGGUAGAGAUAACAUUUCAAGAGUUAAUAUUGAUAUUAAAUUAAGACCAAGACACAAUAUCUUUGUUUGGUUCUUAGAAGGUGUUAUUUCAUUCUUUACUGAAGCUGUUAAAAAACCAAUUGAUAAAGUUGAUAUUGUUAUUUACCCAUCUUUCGCUUAUGACAAUUUCAUUUCUGCUAUUGUUUCAAAACUUGGUAUGAACGAUUAUAGAAAAUUUAACUAUUUCUUAUCAUUAACUAAAACUUCCGAUUCUGCUAAAAUCCCAGAAUCUUUUGUUUUCAUGAGUGAAGGAAAUGAAUUCCAAGAAAAGAUUUUAACUGAAAAAUUAUUAUCAAGUUUAGAUAUUCAAGCUGCCAAUUUCAUUAGAUACUUUGCUUUCACUGAUCAAUCAACUGAAAGACCAGAGUCAAUUGAAGGUUUUGCUCCAUUAAGAAGAGUUGUUGUUUCUUUACAAAUCCCAAGUUCAAAGAAAGAUUAUGAACAAGUUUGUAAAUUAUUAGAAUCAAUUUUCGAUAUUAUUGAUAAAUUAGCUUCAAAAGAAAUUUCUUUCAAACCAGAAUCAUUGAAAAAAGUUCUUAAAACCAGAGAAAAUGAAAUUGAAAAAGUUCAAAAAGCUAUGGAAUUAGAAAAGCAAGAAAUCGAAGCUGAAGAAAAAGCUAAAUUGAAAAGGGAAGAAAGAGAUAGAAUAAGAAACUUAUCUCCUGCUGAACAAGCUAAAUUGGAAAAGAAAGAGCAAGAAAGAAAGCAAAAGAAACUCCAAAAGAAACAAAGAGUUAGAAUGUAA